UUUGCUGCAACAUGCAAUCCUCGAUCUCGAAAUACCGCAUUACUAAGCGGGUAGGCGGAGGAUCGUUCGGAGAUAUUUAUCUCGGAGUUGGUGCCAAUGGGGAGAAGGUUGCUGUGAAGUUCGAAAAGCACGGCGCUCGAUGCCCUCAGCUUCGUCACGAAUACAAAGUUUAUCGCGAGUUGCAAAAUGCACCCGGCUUUGCUAAAGUUCACUAUUUUGGUACACAGGAUUCUUAUAAUCUCAUGGUUAUGGAUCUACUGGGUCCUUCCCUGGAGGAUCAGUUUAACAAGUGCGGCCGAAGAUUUACUCUCAAGACUGUUCUCAUGGUUGCCGAUCAGAUGUUGGAGCGUGUGGAGUUGAUGCAUUCACGUCACUUGAUCCACCGUGACAUUAAGCCAGCGAAUUUCGUUACCGAUGCGGGGCGUGGUAACGGAAACUUUAUAUAUUGUAUCGAUUUCGGUCUUUCGAAGCGCUACCGCCAUCCUCGGACGCUUCAGCACAUCCCGCAGCGUGAAGGCAGAUCCCUCACAGGAACGCCUCGGUACGCUUCGAUUAACAACCAUUUAGGCGUGGAACAAUCUCGUCGGGAUGACUUAGAGAGUAUCGGGUAUGUACUUGUAUACUUCCUGAAGGGCGGUCUUCCAUGGCAGGGACUGAAGGCCAAGUCCGCGACGAAAAAGUACAAGCUUAUCAUGGAAAAGAAGCAGUCCAUCACUAUUCCGGCGUUGUGCCAAGGAUGUCCCAGCCAGUUUGCUGAAUACUUGGCUUACUGCCGAUCGCUCAAAUUUGAGGCCAAGCCGAACAUCGCAUACUUACGUGGUAUGUUCCGUGACUUGUUCCGCUCGCAAGGAUAUACGAACAACCACAGUAGUCUGGAUUGGGACUGGAAUCGCGUGGAAGGAGGCGCAGCUGCCGGCGAUCGACCGGACGACAAAGCUGGGUACUGAACGGAAGCGCAAUCAUUGACUGUGAGUAUUGAGAAACGAGGAUAGCUGAGUACUCGUAUCAGAUAUUCACGAAGCACCGUAAACCCUCUUCGCCCUCCUUUGGAUUGUAUCACGUAUUGAUAUCAAUCUUUAAAUGUUUUAACGACACGCCAACUGUCAGUUAGCUUUUGAUAUUAUCAAAUUU